CUUAAGUAACUUUUACACGAUCGAUUGCUGGACAAUGAGACAUCUGAUUGCGAAAUAUAAACAAUGCACCGAAACUCUUAAUCGGACACGUUUCGCCAUACAUCUCGCAGCUGACGAACGCGUUAUGGGCAAAAUUAUAAUUAUCGUUCUAGUAAUUAGUUGUUAACGUCGUGACGGAUCGGUGGCCGUGGUGAAUAGUAGCUCUCUUAAUGAAUUAUUGACUCGUAAACAGUGCUCAUGCCAUAUAGCGAACUCAUUUGCAAUGCACACGAUCAUCAUCUCGAUUGCUGCACUGGUGGCGAUGGCGCACUCGCAAACAUUUAGCAGCUGCACUGAUUACUGCAAUUAUUUGCAAUUCGGUCAAUUACCCAUUUUUUGGCGGCCAGAAUGCAAAUGUGCUAUGGAAUAUCAAAAAAAUAAUAUUUUCAAAAACAGUCUUACUAAAAUUAAACCGCACUCAGGACUUGACAAUAGCGCUAUUUAUUAUGAACCAGCAGAUGAUUAUCCUUUCCGAAGAACAUCAUUUGAUAAAUAUCCGAUUCAUAUUGUUAAUCCAACGUAUCACAAACAGGACAAUAUGAACGCAGAAAACCGUAACGAUCGACGAACAGCUAAAAAUGGAGAAACGAGUCGUUCAAUCAAAAAACGAAAACUAAAUGACAGUAAAUUGCAUAAGAUUGAUAUUGAUGCUGACGAUUUACCAAUAUAUUUAGACAUCGAUAUUUACAAAAGAAUAAAAGAAGAGAAAUCUAAUGAACAAAAAACUAAUGAAUUGAAAACAAUUAAAUUAUCAGAAAAAGAUCUCAUUGAAUGUAUAAAUUUACAUAUUUUAGUGUAUUCCAGAAAAAGUGACCAAGACGCAGAUUUAAAAGUCAUGUGGGAUGAGACAAAAAUUAACAAGUACAAGGACUUGUCUGAUUCCGAUCUAAUGAUUGAGAUUGAAAGUAAAUGUCAUCAACCCGCUGAGAUUGUGCACAAAAGCUUGGAAGAAAUUAAAAACUCAUGGCCUAAAAAAUCUCAAUCCCCUCAAGACUUUCACGGCAAAUAUAUAAGGAAUAAUUUAAAAGAUCAAAAUAAAAAAGAAAAAGUUGUAGCUGUAACUGAUACAACUGAAACACUUCCAACAAAAGAAUCAAUGAAAACCGUGUCUCAGUAUUCUUCGACUACCAAUAGUACCAAAGAUUACACAGACAUUUCCCCUAAUUUUGAUCACAGUAAAAUAAAUAAAGUGUAUUGGACAACGGAUUCCUCUUCUAUAACUUAUAAUGCAGAAAAAGAUGUUAAAGAACUUAACACCGUGACAAUCGAGCCUACUGUGAAUGAAAUGUUCUCCAAAAGUGAAUACGAUUUACUAAAAGAUAUUCUACCGCAGAAUCCCAACGAUGCUGUUACUUUGGAGUCAACUACUAUUAAGGAGCCUAAUACUAAUAAAGAAUUUAACGAACAAUUAUUAUCUACAAAAUAUAAUAUGGAGACAGAGCCAAGUCUAUCUAAAAGCACUUAUUUAGAUGUAACUGCUACUAGACCUUCUCUUAAUAAAAAGCACAAGGAAAUAAUGGAAAACUAUAUGAAAAUUCCAAGAAUCACUACAAAGGAAUUCGAAAAUAGCACUGUUAUUAGUAUUAUAAAUGGCACUGAAAUUAUUCCGAAUAGUGAUUUCGUAAAUGAGCCUAGGAUGGCAUUAAUUAAAGAUUUUAUUUACGAAAAUUUUGAUACAACAUCAAACACACAAUUUACUUCAACAACAGUAAUUCCUUUUUCUACCAGAAUAUAUGAAGUUACCACAAGUAACCCAUUCAAGGAGGGAAGUAAUGAAGAGAUAGUUGAGUUAAAUAAGCAUUCAAAAACAUAUAAUAAAACGCAACAUGGAGAAGAAAACGCAUCUGCCUCGAGUGAAAAACAUUCAGGUAUACAAACACUACCUAUUCCCUACAACAAUCCGGUAAAGUUUGGAGACAAAAUAGAUGAUAUUAUAAUCAAACAGAGAUCAAACUCAGGUUACUCAGGUACGACAAUACUAAAUGAACCAACUACAUUUAAAACAAAAACAGACGAAAACUUAAUAUUGGAAGUAAAUCCCUUACAGAAAAUUAUAACAGUGCCUCCGAUAUCAACUGUAACCGAAAAAAUACAAUUGACAACAGAUUACUUAACGAUUAGUCCUGAUGAAAUUCCUAUUACUGAUUUGGAGAAUAGUUCUGAUACAAUGGAAAGACAAAAACCAUUGCUAAAUCCAAGUCAAGACGCAUCUGUAUUACCUUUACAAAUCCAACAAGAGAUCCAAGGUAAUGAAAGUAUUAAACAGCCAAAUAAAUCAAACAAAACUUUGAAUACUAUUGACGAGUAUUCAAAAGAAUUAAAACAAAUGAAUCCUAACGUGUCGCCUCAUCAAAAUAGAUCUCAGGCAACCGAUAAUACUGAAUUUACAUCCAAAACAGAUGUUAUUCCUAUUUUAGAAUUACCUAAUCAUUCAUUAACAACAUUUAGUCCUAAUAUAAUGCAAGAUAUGGGGACUUCGGGAUUGAAUAAGAGCAUAAUAUUGCAUGAUUUUCUAUCUUCAACUAAUUCAUAUUAUACUAAUGAAAUACAUAAUAAGGAAAAUGGUACAAAAUACUUUACUAGUCUGGAGACGACUACUAAAUCAGGGUUUGCAGAAGACGACAUAGGGAUUCCAACAAAUGGAUAUGAAAUAUCUGGAAUAAAAUUAUUGCACAAUGAAAUAUCCCAAAGAAAUAACACAGCUGAUGAUGCGAAAACACUAGAAAAGAUUUUAUUAAAUAAUACCAGUACGGAAAAUGUAACGUCUUCCAGUCUAGACAAAUUGAACAAUGUUAAAGAUGCAAUAGACAUUCAACAAAAACUGGGAUAUUCUACAACACCAGCUAUUCCCCAAGAUUUAGAUACAUUGGAGAGUAUUAUGAUAAAUAGCACCCCCGAAGUAAAAGCAGAAUUACCUUCGUCUAAUCAGGAUAUAGAAGGAAAACUUUAUUUUCUUUUUGGUGACAAACAGAUACCCGCUCGUUUCAUUCAAAGGUCAGAUGGACAAAUCAAGUUAGGAUUAGAUGGAGUUACAUUAUGCGAUAAAUUAAUGGAAAAAGGUAUCAAUGCUUCUCCAUUGAUGGCAGCAAUGUGCAAAUGUUCCCGAUCUGAAAAUUGUGCAAAUAAUUUGAAUGAUCUAAGUUGA